GUCUUUUCGCUCUCUAUGUCUCCCUGUUUUCAUGCAACGACCGCUUUCUCAAUGACCCGGGCCUCUCUGAAGCAUUUCCCACUCCUCGCUUUUUUUCAUUUUGUCCUGCUCAACGUUUAUUCUUUUCAUUCAUCCUACAGGGUGGAAAUGAGAUGGAGAGAACUGUGCUGCACAAAGUCAGGGGGGGGGAAGAAGAGCGUCGAAGGGAAGAGAGCGUCGAGGGGUGAGGAAGGGACAUCUCUCUUCCUUGCAUAGUUGUUUGUUCUUGCCACGCGAUCUUCAUUUUUUUGCAGGAAUCGAGCCACCAAAGGAGGGCCGGUCGGUCAGGAAAUAGAAAAAAAAAAACAAAGCGGUUGUUUGCUUUUGGGCGCAGAUAAACAUUCAGUCG